UGAAAAGAACUAAAUAAAUAAUUAAAUAAUAAUAAUAAAAAUUCUCUUUUUCUUUCUGCCUCACGAUGAACAUGAGAACACUCUAGGAGAACAGCUUCGUAUCAGAGUCAAAGCUGGUUUCUGAAAAAUUAGACAAUUGGGAUUUGGGAGUGAACAAACAACAAUCUCAAAUCAAUCGCCCAAGAAAAAAAAAGUCAAAUUUUUAUCAUCUCAAAUAAAAAUUCUCGUAUAACUUUUCACCUGGGGUUGUUUAAUUUCAAAAAUUCAACAACUUCGGAUGUUGAAGAAAAAUUCCAGAUAGAUCUGAUGGUGUGGAUCUUGUUGUUGUUCUUAGAAAAAUUUCUAUAUUAAAUAAUGGGCCCAGAUUCAAAUGCAGCUGCAGCAUCAUCCUCAUCAACGACAUUGUCUCCAGGAGCCAAGCGAAGCAGAGAUCCCGAAGAUGAAGUUUACGUCGACAAUUUGCACUCUCACAAACGUUAUCUUAGCGAGAUAAUGGCUUCUAGUUUGAAUGGUUUGACAGUUGGAGACCCACUCCCUGAAAAUCUCAUGGAAUCUCCUGCCAGAUCAGAAGGCAAUGUAUAUGUAAGGGAUGAAUUCUCAUUGCAAUACUCACCAAUGUCAGAAGACUCGGAUGAUUCUCGGUUUUGUGAUGCUCCAUUAAGCACUACUUCUUCCCAACCAGAGAGUGCCCCCUCUAGUCCAGUCUCACCAUAUAGGUAUAACAAACCACUUAGUGGUUUUCAUUCUGUUCCUUCAACGAGUCCACAUUCACAACAUUCAUAUGGAUGUGCUCUUGCUACCAUAACUUGCUCACAACCUCGACAACGAAGCUCAGAUUCUGAUGGGCGGUUCCCAUCAUCUCCUAGUGAUAUUUGUCACUCGGCUGAUUUGAGGAGGGCUGCACUAUUACGGUCUGUACAAAUGAGAACACAACCUCUUGGCCCGUCGUCCCACUUUGAAUUGUCAUUUAGUUCGGAGCCUGAACAUAAUAUAGAACAGGAAGAAGAACGACCGUGCUCCUAUAUGAAAUCUUCAGACGAUGAGAGGGAGUUUCAUAUUGAGUCAAUGACUAUUUCUGAUCCCGAGUGCAGUCGUGAGAAGCCAUGCAGGGUGUUGAAUAUGGAUGUGAAAGAAGACCAUUCUGUGGAUUAGCUAAAAGCAUAGAGCUUUGUCAUUCUUCUUGAGAAAUAAGGUCAAGUUCAAGACCUUGCUACUUCACAAGUGUUGGUUUCAUGUGAUAAAAUGCUGGAAUGCCAAUUUUAUAUACUCUGCACAAAAGGGUGGGGCAAUGGCUGAAACGCUUUGCGGACGACUAUUUCUAGCUAGUUGAGGGGUUUCUUUUCGCUGUUUAGGAUGCCGGGUUGGUUGGCUUGCUCGAUCUUUUUUCUCAAGUUGCCAGCAACCAAGGGUAUCGUUGGCUUGUUCGACCUUUUUUCUUAAGCCAACAGUAACUUGUUCUCGAUUUCUGUUGUAAAUGAAUGCUGUAAAUUUGUGUUUCUCAUUCGAGGUCAAUUGUUGCUUCAUUUUCUCCUGAUUUAUGAUUGUUUUCACACGAGUGUGAAGUUUGAUUUAGAAUAUCCUUUGUUUUUUGCAAGCUGACCGUAACUUGUUUGUAAUUUCUCUUGUAAAUGAAUGCUUUAGAUUUAUGUUUCUGCAUUAAA